AUGGCCGAGGGAUCGAAAGUACGGGCGGCCUUCACCCUAUUGAAGAACCUCACACUGGCGGCGCUGCUCUAUGGGGCCAUCUAUGGUAUGAUCAACUUGGUGAGCGACCCCAGUGUUGCUACCAAGGGGAAGCUGGGCAUUCCUGCCUUUCUGGACAAAGCUGGGCCAACGGAGCUGAUCAAGACCACAAAGUCAGGCGUCGAGGUCAAGUUCGCCGGCACCACCAAGACGGUCACCAUCAACCCGCACGCCAAUGUCUUCAACCGCCCCGUUACCGCUGUCAAAGUCAAGGACGACUACUUGGGCCCCCGCCCCCACGUCGACACAGAGGCCGAUCUGCACAUGCUGGUGGAGGAGUGCAGGGGUACAUACAAUGGCUUGGAGAAGAUGAGGAAUGUUUUCGACUGCCUGAAAUUCUUCGCCGACGACGAGCACCGCUACUACAAGCUGCCAGAGGAGCCUGCUCGCGCCAGUGCACAGGACCCUCGUAAGGCCGAGUACGUUGAUGCAGAUGGGCACGACAACACACUGAAGAGCUAUAUGCCCGUCAAGGAGGCAAUUGCUGCGAACGGAUCGAGCAUCGGAACCUGCCCAGGACCUAUCAUCCCAUAUCACGUCUACUGGACUGGCCCGGCGACAUGGCGGGUCGAGGUCUUUCUCAAGAGCUACCUGUACACCCAGAACCUUGCGUGCUCUCGCCUUUGGCUCUGGCUGGACAGCGACAAGAACCCAAACGCUGUGAAGAACAUGAUGACGAAAGAUGCUCUUUUCGCUCGCUUCUUGCCUCUGGUCGACCGCGGCGACAUCGUACUGAAGGCCUGGAACUUCCCCAAGCGCAUCCCUCUGCCCAAGGAUGAGGAGGACAAGAACGGCUUCGGCUACUACAGCACACCCGGACGCCCCAACGCCGAUGGAGAGAAAGCUUUGGCUGAGAAUAUCAUCGAGGACAAGAACGGCCAGCAGUGGCUCGUUCUCACCCCGAAACAGAUGACAUUCCUGCCAGUGGCCGUCUCAGAUGCCGUACGAUUCAUCGUCCUGCACAUCCACGGCGGCGCAUACUUCGACAUGGAUGUACUGAUGCUCAGAGAUAUGCGACCGCUCCUCUUGCCCAAGGAGCAUGCCUUUGCCGAGCGAUGGGCAGCCCACCCACAUCCUGGCGACUACAACACCGCCAUCAUGUCCCUCACAGCCAACUCUUCGCUCUCAUCUUACCUGCUCUACGGCGGUAUCCGCAUGGGUGUCAACUUCCACCCACGUGUCCUGGGACGCAUGGCCUGGAAGGAUGGACGCGACCAGGAGUUUCUCAUGCUGGAGACCGGCGCCUUCGAUCCCAUCUGGACCGAGUUCAACUGGGAUCGCGAAGGUCGCUGCACCGUCCCAUGUCUCCGUGACUACGGCGCAGCGUUCAAGGGCAGAGAGGGUUCACUUAGGGACGAAUGGGAGAGCUACGACGGCCCACAGCUCGAACCUAUCGAUCUCGACAAGGCGCAACGCAAGGAGCUGAAGACACGCGGCCGCGAAGACGAAGAGCACGUCCCUGCAUCCUCAGCUGCGACCCCAGCGAAGGCCGAGCACGCCGACUCAUUCCAGCCUACUCUCGACGAAGAGGCAGAGCUGCGCAAGGCUGGUGUUGUCGCGGACUACAGGUUCGAAGAGGACAAGUUCCCGCCCAACAACCGCACGCUCGAGAAUUUCUUCCGUGGAGCCUGGACAUACCACAUCCACAACCAGUGGCUCAAGCACCCCGAACCCUCAUCGUGGAUAUCCAUCCUCGAGCACGCGCAAGACGGCUUCUUCGCGAGGUCACGAACGAACCCGUAUGGCGAGAAGUGGACGGGCCCGAAUCUCGCGCCAUACAACUACUGGCCAGAGUUCGUUUGA